GUUGUAACAGACGAAGUUGUCUCUUAUGGCUUUGAAAGACAAUACUGUGGGGAGCUGCAAAGCACGCCUUUAAGAAUAUUACAUAGCUUACAUAGCAGACAUUCGGUGGAAAGAAGUUGUGACGAGUGAAGCGCCAUCUGUCCAUCCCUGAAGAGGCGAGAUGUCGAGGCCCCCGUCCUCCCAGACCACCCCUCAGUUCUACAGGGUCAGCGAAAGAGAUCUCACCGAGAUCGAGCUUCAUUCGGUGGACUCCAUCAACGAUCUCCACCGAACACACCAUGAGAACAGCAACAAAGGGGUGAGACCUCCUCGUCCUGCAAACUCCCCCUCCUCCAAUGGGAAUCUCUACACAUGUGACAUGACAGCUGUCAAUCAAAGAGGCCGUCUAAACAGCAGCAAAUGGCAGAGUCGUCUGCAGGAUAUGUUGACCCCCAGUUCAUCGCGGGCCUACGCCAUGGGCUGUGCUAUCAUCACGCUGCUGCUGCUCACCGUGCUACUCAUCUUCUACUUUUUGGUCCAGCAGGGUGGAGCCAUCCAGAUGCUGACUGAGGCUGUGAGGGAGAAAGAGGCUGCAGCCACAGAGCUGUCUCUGCUGAUCCAACAGCUGCAGGCACUGAGACACAACCUGACAGCUUCAGGAGGAGGGACAUGAUAUGCACAGAACACUAAACCUGGAUGCACACACUGGACAUGAGAUGCUUGAACAUGCAGUAAAACUGGGUUUUACAGUCGAUUUUCCCUAAGUGUUGUCUGUGUUUAGGAUUAAAUGUUACUGAUGUAAU